GGCAGGGCUAGUGGGCGGGGCGCUCGGUGAACCUGCAGGAGUCGCGCAUCCCCAGAGAGCGCAGCAUCAGUACCACAAGCCGGAGAAGACCGUGGUGAGACGCCCCUCAGCUCUGCUAGCCGGUGGGAACCACAGCCGGAGCUUUGCCAAUGGUAGUGCCGGCCCCAGCCUCUCCCCUUCGAGAGCGGAUUGCCGAAAGCCUUUGAGGACAUUUUAAGGAGUAAAAUCCUAGCAAGAGGAUAAAAAUCUGCAGCUUACCAGGAUGGCAGGAGCCUCAGUAAAAGUGGCAGUGCGGGUGCGUCCCUUCAAUUCCCGAGAAAUGAGCAAGGAUUCCAAAUGCAUCAUACAAAUGACAGGAAACACCACAACUAUCGUUAAUCCAAAGCAGCCCAAAGAGACACCCAAAAGUUUCAACUUUGACUAUUCCUACUGGUCUCACACAACUCCUGAAGACAUAAAUUAUGCUUCACAAAAACAAGUGUACUUGGACAUUGGAGAGGAGAUGCUACAGCAUGCUUUUGAAGGUUAUAAUGUCUGCAUUUUUGCCUAUGGCCAGACUGGGGCUGGCAAGUCAUAUACAAUGAUGGGUAGACAAGAGAAGGACCAACAAGGCAUAAUUCCCCAGCUGUGCGAGGAUCUCUUCUCUCGAAUCAAUGACACAACAAAUGACAAUAUGUCCUACUCAGUGGAGGUGAGUUACAUGGAAAUAUACUGUGAACGUGUACGUGACCUCCUCAAUCCCAAGAAUAAAGGAAACCUGAGGGUCAGAGAGCACCCACUCCUUGGACCAUAUGUUGAAGAUCUCUCAAAACUAGCUGUUACUUCAUAUAAUGACAUUCAGGAUUUAAUGGACUCUGGAAACAAAGCAAGGACAGUAGCAGCCACUAACAUGAAUGAAACCAGCAGCCGCUCGCAUGCGGUUUUCAAUAUUAUCUUCACUCAGAAGAGACACGAUGCAGAGACAGACGUCACCACUGAGAAGGUCAGCAAAAUCAGCUUGGUGGAUCUUGCAGGAAGUGAACGGGCUGACUCCACAGGAGCAAAAGGCACCAGACUUAAGGAAGGAGCAAAUAUCAAUAAAUCACUAACAACCUUAGGAAAAGUGAUCUCUGCUCUAGCUGAGAUGGAUUCAGGACCAAAUAAGAAUAAGAAGAAAAAAAAGUCAGACUUUAUUCCAUAUCGUGACUCAGUACUUACUUGGCUGCUCCGAGAAAAUCUAGGUGGUAACUCCCGGACUGCUAUGGUUGCUGCUCUCAGCCCUGCUGAUAUUAAUUAUGAUGAGACUCUCAGCACCUUAAGGUAG